AUGCUGACACGCGUGACAUUUGUUGCCACUAACAUUUGGACAUGUUAAACGUGAGAGUUGAUAAACGAGGUGUCCCGCAGGGGUACAGAGUACCUGCUGGCAUGCUGGCGUCCAAAUGCCGCAGUGGCUGUGUGGGCAGCUGCUAGUUAGCCUCUAGGUUCCCUCCCGCCACCUGGCAUCGGAAUGGCGACGACUUGCUUCGACGGGACCGUCUUCGUGACCACUUCCGCGUCCCGACGGUACCCGAGAGCAGCCAACGUCGACCAGGCGAGCCGAAGCGACAACGCGAGGCGGCGGGAAGCAGCGAAGAGCAGAUUAGCCGCUCGAGCUAACGUCCGAGCGCCACCGCGAGGAUCCGCUCGGCUCACCGCGGGAGCCGUUCGCCGGGGCGCGGGCGCCCGUGGACGGGCAUGAGACGAACGGAAGAAGGCCGGGCGUCGUCUCGCUGCAAGCGACAGCGCAACACGGAAGUGUGCCGAGAAAACGAAACUCCCCGGCGCGCUGUCGUCGGGGUCCGCUGAGCUGAGCUGAGUUUAGAGACACUCCGACAACUGAGGGUCCGUGAAGGCACCGUGAAGGAACGCCGACUUGCGCAGGUGUGCGCGCGUGCACGAGAGACUAACGGCCCUUCAAGGUCGCGCGGCGAAGGUCUUCGGAAGCGCGCGUCGGUACUGUUGAAAUGUCAAUCACGGCGGAACGAGGGUGGGAAAAGGCACCACGUGGACGGAGGCGGCCACCGCGUCACACGUCAGCCUCGGCAGAGGAGAGAGGAAGAAAAGGAGAAAGGAGGCGAGUGUUUUUCUCCCCUUUUGGCAGAGGCAGAAAAAGAAGGGAUCGCGGCGGAGCUCCGCCGCCCCUCCCCCUCCCUUUCUCAACCAGGUGUUGCGUCCCUCGCGAGGAGGAGGAAGACGGGCGUCGGAUCCCUCACGUGCGGGAAGACGGUCCGGGAAUACUGCGGACGAUUGCCGGAGGCUCCGCCGGCGCGUUUUUAGGACAGCGCGCGGACGCUAAUCCGCGCGGACGCUAAUCCACGUUUCUCGCUCCGGUGCGGCAGAUUUAUGAGCCGUCUCCUCGCGUGACGACGCCGAUGAUGAGGAGGAGGACGGGGGUGAGGAGGAGGAUGAUGACGAUGACGACGAGUUCCCCCCGCGCAGCCGCCUCGCGCCGCGCCCGCCACCAGUACCAGCAGCAGAAGCAGCGUCCCGGACCCGCGCCCCCGGUUUCACGCCGCCGCGCACGCCAGGCACCGAGGUAACAUGGAGCUGUCCGAGGUCCGCUGCUCCGGCGCCGGCGAGGAGCCCGGCGGCAGCGGAGGCAAGAGGCUGCUGUGGCAGAACGCCGUCCGCCACAUCACCGAGCAGCGCUUCAUCCACCAGCGGGGCGAGGGCGAGCCCGACCCCGAGCGGCCGCGCAAGCCGUCGGCGUCGGCGGCGCACAACAACGGCGGCACCAAGGUCUUCCCCGAGCGGGACGGCGCUGACCUGGGCUUCCUGCAGCUGGACCCGUGCGCGCCGGCCAACUCGGACUUCUUCCUGAACUGGGGCUACACGUAUCGCGGCGUCAUCUUCCCCACGCUGCGCAACGCUUUCAAGUCGCGCGAGCUGGAGCGCCUGUACCAGCGCUACUUCCUGGGCCAGCGUCGCAAGUCGGUGGUGGUGAUGAACAUCCUGGACGUGGUGGCCAAGCUGACCCUGCUGGCGCUGCACCUGGCCGUGGCCUCGGCGCCGGUGGACCCGGUCAAGGGCGCGCUGCUGGGCUUCUUCGCCGGCGUGGAGGUGGUCAUCUGCGCCCUGGUGGCGGCGCGCAAGGACGCCGCCUCGCACGGAUACCUGCGCUACGGCGGCGCCGUCACCUGGGCGGCCAUGGCCACGCAGAUCCUGGCGGCGGGGCUGGGCUACGGCCUGCUGGGCGACGGCGCCGGCUACGUGCUCUUCGCGCUCUUCGCCACCUACGGCAUGCUGCCCCUGCCCCUGGCUUGGGCCAUCCUGGCCGGGCUCUUCGCUUCCGGAUUGCACCUGAGCGUCAGGCUGCUGCUCGCCCGCGACGCGACGCUCUCCGCCAACCAGGUGGCGGCCCAAACGGUUCUGUUCGUAUGUAUGAACACGGCCGGGAUCUUCAUCAGCUACCUGUCGGACCGCGCCCAGCGGCAGGCCUUCCUGGAAACGCGGCGUUGCAUCGAGGCCAGGCUGCGUCUGGAGACGGAGAACCAGAGACAGGAGCGUCUGGUUCUGUCCGUCCUGCCUCGCUUCGUGGUUCUGGAAAUGAUCAACGACAUGUCCAACGUGGAGGACGAGCACCUCCAGCAUCAGUUCCAUCGGAUCUACAUCCACCGCUACGAGAACGUCAGCAUUCUUUUCGCAGACGUCAAGGGCUUCACCAAUCUGUCCACCACGCUGUCGGCUCAGGAACUCGUGCGGAUGUUGAACGAGCUUUUCGCGCGCUUCGAUCGACUGGCGCACGAGCAUCACUGUCUGCGCAUCAAGAUUCUUGGAGAUUGUUAUUACUGCGUGUCGGGUCUGCCCGAGCCGAGGCAGGACCACGCCCACUGCUGCGUGGAGAUGGGACUCAGCAUGAUUAAAACCAUCAGAUACGUGCGCUCUCGAACCAAACACGACAUCGACAUGCGCAUCGGGAUCCACUCUGGCUCGGUCCUGUGCGGCGUACUGGGCCUGAGGAAGUGGCAGUUUGACGUCUGGUCCUGGGACGUCGACAUCGCCAACAAGUUAGAGUCCGGAGGCAUUCCAGGGCGCAUCCACAUCUCCAAAGCGGCCCUGGACUGCCUGAACGGCGACUACGAGGUGGAAGCGGGCCACGGCAAGGACCGCAACGACUUCCUGCGGCGCCACAACAUCGAGACGUACCUGAUCAAGCAGCCCGAGGACAGCCUGCUGGCCCUCCCUGAGGACAUCGUGAAGGAAGCGGGCAACUCGGCCGACCGCCGCGCCAGCGCCGCCGCCUUCAACGAAGCGUCCUGGAGCCCCGAGCUGCCCUUCGACAACAUUGUGGGCAAGCAGAACACUCUGGCCGCCCUAACCAGAAAUUCGAUAAAUCUGCUACCAAACCAUCUUGCGCAAGCUUUGCAUGUCCACUCUGGUCCUGAGGAAAUUAACAAGCAAAUAGAGAGCGCCAUCGACUUACGGAGUGGCGAUAAGUUGAGGAGAGAGCAUAUCAAAGCUUUCUCACUGAUGUUUAAAGACUCCGGCCUGGAACACAAGUACUCGCAGACGAGGGACGACGUUUUCAAGUCCAACCUGGUUUGCGCCUUCAUCGUGCUGCUCUUCAUCACCACCAUCCAAAGUCUGCUGCCCUCAGCCAGGACGGCGGCCACGGCGGCGCAGUUCUCGGCACUGAUCGCGCUGCACUCGGCACUGGUGGCGGCCACUACGGCCGAGGACUACAAGUGUCUGCCGCUCCUCCUGCGCCGGGCCUGCUGCUGGAUCAACGAGACGUACGCCGCACGGAACGUCCUCGUCUUCCUCUCCAUAUUCAUCAACUUUCUGGCCGCCACCGUCAACAUCCUCUGGUGCGACAUGGACACACCCACUGCAUUGAAGAACAGCACCUCAGAAGACCAAGACAAAGCCAUGGCCGACAUCUGCUUCUACCCGGAGUACUUUGUGUUGACUGGCGUGCUGGCGAUGGUGACGUGCGCAGUCUUCCUCCGCCUCAACUCCCUGGUCAAGUUGGCCGUUCUUCUGCUGAUGGUUGCCAUCUACUCGUUGCUCACCCAAGCUUUCUACUCCGCGCUCUUUCUGCGUUACGACCUGCUCCACCGUAACGAGAACUUUCUAGGUACCAAGGAGACGUCGCUGCUCCUGAUGGCCAUGUUCCUCCUCGCCGUCUUCUACCACGGACAGCAGUUGGAAUACACUGCACGGCUGGAUUUUCUGUGGCGCGUUCAGGCCAAAGAGGAAAUCAACGAGAUGAAGGAGCUGCGAGAACACAACGAGAACAUGCUGAGGAACAUCUUGCCGAGCCAUGUCGCGAGGCACUUCCUGGAGAAGGACCGCGACAACGAGGAAUUAUACUCGCAAUCGUACGACUCGGUGGGCGUGAUGUUCGCGUCCAUCCCGGGAUUCGCCGACUUUUACUCGCAAACCGAGAUGAACAACCAGGGAGUGGAAUGUCUUCGACUGCUCAACGAGAUCAUCGCCGACUUCGACGAGUUGCUGGGCGAAGAGCGUUUCCAGGAUAUCGAGAAAAUCAAAACCAUCGGCAGCACGUACAUGGCCGUGUCGGGUUUGUCUCCCGAGAAACAGCAGGGCGAAGACAAAUGGGGGCACCUGUGCGCGCUGGCCGACUUCGCCAUCGCUCUCAACGAAAGCAUCCGAGAAAUCAACAAACACUCCUUCAACAACUUUGAACUAAGAAUAGGCAUGGCUCAGGGCUCGGUGGUGGCGGGCGUGAUCGGCGCCAAGAAGCCUCAGUACGACAUCUGGGGCAAGACGGUGAACCUGGCCAGCCGCAUGGACAGCACGGGCGUGAGCGGCAAAAUCCAAGUCCCCGAGGAGACCUUCGUCAUCCUGGAGCAGCGCGGCUUCGCUUUCGAGUACCGCGGCGAGAUCUACGUCAAAGGCAUCAGCGAGCAGGAGGGCAAAAUUCGCACGCACUUCCUAUCGGGACGCGUGCUGCCCAACCCGCUCAUUAUGCAGCCGCGCAAGAUGACCGGCCAGUACUCGCUGGCCGCCGUGGUGCUGGGACUGGUCCAGUCGCUCAACCGGCAGAAGCAGAAGCAGAUACUCAACGACAACAACAACUCGGGCAUCAUCAAGGCGCACCACCAUCACCAUUACAACCGCAGGACGCUGCUGGCCAACGACGGGGGCGCCGCGCACCACGCCGACGCCCCCGACAAAAGCGACGCGUCCUGAGGGACUCCCUUUUCCCGGGACGUUAAAUGACGCCGUCGGGAAAAAAUUCCGAAUUGGAAACUGCCUGAAGGACAGCGGGGGGAUUUCCAGGAGAUGGCAGUUUACUCCGAGUACUCCGGUGUACAAUGGUAAAUUGUAGGGGUGUAACGGUACACGCAACGGUCACGGUUCAGUACGUACCUCGGUACGGGGGUCACGGUUCGGUACAAAGCAGUGGCGGAUGUUUGUCUUUCAGUGACGGGAAGCUCAAAGCGUGUCCAGCUGUGAGUGAUUUGUGAUGGUGGAGGGGCUCAGCAGCAUCCGCUGCUCAGUAGGGAAAGAAACUACAGUGCCAGAAGUCAAGUCUCCAAACAUAAGCAGCAACAACAGAAAAAAAAACCCACAAGAAAUCAAGGGCGUUGGUUUCGUCUUAAUAUUGGUAGGGACGAUGUAACAGCAUAAUCUGCGUGUACAUUUUUUUGCUAGGGACAGGACAUUAUUAAGACCAAACUAGGGCUGUCCCAAACGACUAAUUUUCUCCCGAUUAGUCAGCUGACUAUUUUUACGAUUAGUCGACUAAUAAUUAAAAAGAAAAAUGUUUUUUUACUAAUUUAGCUAUGAAAUUUUUGUUGACGCUUAUCAAUUCACAAAAACAUAUUGGAACACUUAAAUUAUUUAUUAAAGUACAAAUAAAUACGUAAAUAACAAUGAACGCGAAAAUGUGUGAGUGGGUAGUGCAGCGCAUGCGUUAAUUGCGUCAAAUAUUUAAAUGUUAUUACCGUCAAAUAUUUAAAUGUUAUUACCGCCGUUAACUCGAUAAAUUUGAUAGCCCUACUUUAAGCCAAAACUACAGACUCUGGAUGAGUGUAAGACAUUUUGUCUGUAACGUUACAUACAAUUAGAAAACGAUUUAAUAAAAAAAAAAUAUAUAUAUAUAUAUAUUAAAAAAAGGCAUGUCCGAUAUUUUUUUGCCGAUUCCGAUACUUUGAAAAUGGCGUGAUCGCACCCGACAUCUCUAAUAUAAACCAUGCAAUUUUUUUUUACCCUGCCUCUUAAAAGAAUCGGGUAUCGUUCGGAACCGGAAUCAAAAAUGUGGAAUCGUAAUCGGAGCCGGAAUCGUUCAGUUUCAAACGAUGCCUAACCCUAGGUGAUACACCGUUCGAUUAAAAGUUUUGUAUUGAAAAACUACUAAAGAAACAUUUUGAAAACUUCCAGAAUAAAUAUCUGGAUUUUAUUAGCAAAUUUAAAUUGAAAUAUUUCGUUAUUUUUUUCUGGUUCCAUAGUUUCCAGCAGAGUUCACUACAUUUCUCAGAGUUUAAUUAACAUUAAGUUACAGGAGGACACUUCUCUCUGAGCAGCUUCCUACUUGAGUUUUGCAGGUUAGCAAGUUCACACAGUUUAAUGUUACACGAACUCUGACGGACGUACAACUUUCAGUAGCAAAAUUAGUGGCGUGUUCCCCACCUCCACAACAUUGACUUUUUUUUUUACAUUACUUAAUGUGGCUGCUGCAGGCCGCAAAAAAACUUCUAAUCCCUACUCUGUGGGGAGGCGGCAUGUCGUUAACAUGAGCUGUGGGAAUGUAUGUGUGUGUACGGUGUUGGGGGGGUGUCAAGUCAUCAAACGUGUGUUGGGGAAAAAAAUGGAAAGCACAUCCAGCAAGUUUCAGUUUCCCCCCACCUCCACAGCAUUGACGUCUUUUUACACCACUUACAGUGGCUGCUGCUGGCUGAAAAAAAAAACUUCUUCUUCUAAUAUCCCUCCUCUUUGAAGGGGGGCGGAAGAGGUGGCAAUUUGAACAACCACCACAAAUGUUGGUAGUGUUAUGCCCCUAUCGUCCCUAUGCAAUCUUACCCGCUCGAGUAAUGUAGAGCAACUGUAAACAUUGAAAGAGACUGUGUCGCGUAAAAUUUUGGAAGUUGAGAAUCUUUCAAAGUGCGCCAAAAAAGUAUUAUCAAAUAUUAUGGAGCACACAAAACAAAAAACAAGUGAACCGGACAUGCAAAACCAAAAACAGUGUAAUACGUGAACCGUUACACCCCCAAAUAAACAGAAAAUGGGCUUACACUUGUAUAGUGCUUUUCUACCUAAGGUACUCAAAGCACUUUGACACUGUAUAUCCUCAUUGACGCAACGUCAGGUUCAGUAUCUUGCUCAAGGAUAUGUAGACAAGUUCCCCAGGGUGGGGAAUCGAACCGGAAACCUCUGGGUUGGGGAACGACGACAGUUGAGCCACACAGCCCCCAAAACAGGCUUCAUUCCGGGCUCUCCUGUAAACGGUCUUCGGCCUUUUCCCCAUGUUCCUGCAUUUCUUUGCAAAUUCCCAGUGGGUAUUUCCGAAUUUGCCGAUCCCCGGACCGGACCAAUGUCGGCGACUGCGGAGCGCCUGGAUGAUGACCCUGCCCUUUGUCGCCUCCUCUUUCGGUGUGAACGUUGACCUUUGCCCGUCGGUCUGUCUCUUUCGUUUUUCUAUUUCUGUUUUCUAUGCCGAUACAUGAUUAAAAGGUUGCAAUUUU